AUGAAUUCCACGGAUAGCAAUGCACAUCGCAAACAAAGUAUAAUCAACACCUCUACCUGUAGCACUAAAUUUUCUUUUGAACUAAAAGGCGAAAAGGGUGAUGCCGGUGCUAACGUCAACUGUGAGCCCAACGUAUCCAUCUCUUCCCUGAAAAGUCGCCUCGCACCCACCAUUCGGACUACGCUCUCCGCGGCAGUCGAUACCCUCUUGGGUGAGAUUGUUGUAGUGCUAGCCGAGACUCAGCGGGAGCUGGUAACCAAAGAACAAGAAAAUGAGAAACUAAAGGUUCGACUGGAGGUGUCAGAGAGGGAACUUAAAACGUUACAGGAGUGCUUGUGUAGCGCCCAAAAAUUAAUCGAUCAACUUCAGGGUCCGUUCGGAGGCCCACCUCCUCUAGGACCGCAAAUUUACCCCACACCUUUACCGGGUCCAGUGAAUCCUGCCCGUCUGACCCACCGUAAUGCGCACGGCCCAGACGACCGUUGUUUUGCCGGCGGUGAACCGGAACUCAGCAGCGCACUGGGUGAUGCGCUACAGGGAUUCGACUCGAGGGAAGAAUUUAAGAAUUGUCAUCUUUCCAUUCAAGCCGACGGCACGGUGACUAACCAGCUCUUCGAUCCUUUGAAUAUGAAUCCAGCAAACACCUGUAUUGAUGUCAACAGAUCAGGUCAGAUAAGUGAGAAAAGGCCUCCACUGCACAGUGGCCCCACUCCUAGUUCUCACUCCUCAUUUGAUGUAAAGGAGGAGAAGGGGCCCGGGCAGGGGCCGCUCUGUGGCCGAGGGCCAGGGGGCCCCACAGAAUGUGAGCAGUCUGCCCAGAGUGUCAGGGAUCUGGGUUACAUCCAUGUGGUGGAAGAGGAGGGCAGUUCACGUUCUCGCAACUACCCCAACCACUCUGUGCCCAAACAGGCUCUACCCACAGGGUCUCAAAAGAGCUCCUCCUCUGGAAGUCCAUCUCCACCUGGGGGCUCAGGCUUCAGCUCAGCCCAGGAAACGGGCCCCAAAUCGGGUUUGGCUGCCAGGCAGGACCCCCCCGGCGUGGGGUUCUCCAAACGGCCCUCCGCAUCAGAGCCAAUUGGCACUACUUCUGGGGAGAGGCCUCACCUGUGUCUGGAGUGUGGCAAGACAUUCCGUCUCAUCUCCAGCUUAAAGAAACACAUCCGUAUCCACACCGGGGAGAAGCCUUACCCCUGUCCCGUCUGUGGCCGGCGUUUCCGGGAGUCUGGGGCUCUCAAGACGCACUUGCGUAUCCACACAGGCGAGAAACCAUACGCCUGUGCCGAGUGCGGCACUCGCUUCAGACACCUGGACGGCCUGCGUAAGCACCGCCGCACGCACACGGGGGAGAAGCCAUACGUGUGCGCCGUGUGCGGGAAGCGCUUGAGCCGACUGCAGCACCUGAAGCACCACCAACGUAUCCACACCGGAGAACGCCCCUGCUGCUGUUCCUUCUGCCACAGGGGCUUCAAAGACCCGGCCAGCCUCAGGAAGCACCUCCGCACCCACCAGGGGGAGCCAGGGCUGGACGGGGCCCACGAGGACAUGGGGUCGACUGGCCUGGAUGAUGAAAAUGGAGGCCCCCAUGCCCAGGACUCCAUGGGAGAAGGAGAUGUGAGGUUUGGGAUGUGGGGAGAAGAUGAGGAAGAUGAAGAGGAUGGAGAGGCAGUAGUGGACUGUGUCUAG